UCGCAACCUUCCGGUUACUAGUCACACGCUCUAACCUUCUAGGCUACCCUGCCGCCCCCAGGCGGGGCUCAGAAGUACUCAGAAGUAACUGAAAUACAUAUUUCAAAUACAUGUAACAGAAAUACUGUCCUUUUACAACAACAAAAAACCUACAUAUAAAUACUUUAGUAGCCUUAACCCAACACAUGGCAACCUCGUUAAAAGGUAUGGAACUCUUGGCAUAACAGGUGUUGGGUUGACAGUCGCUGGAGCUGGUUUUGAGCUCUGAUCGGGGCUACACCUCCCAAUUCGCUACAUCGGUGUCAGAAGUGGGAUGAUGCCUGUGAGGUCAUCGGAGAGGCGUGAUAUGCGUGAGGGACUUGGUAUAGAGAAGCAUUGGGGGGGGGGGAAACGCUCUCCCAAAGGAAGUUGGUAGUGUAGCGACCUUAAACCAACACUAUUAUUGACCUUAUCAAGAUAUCUUGGCUUAAUGGUUUGACAGUGACUGGGCCUGGGUUUGAUUCCAGUCGGAGCUGCCCUUGGAAUUCGCUACAAUACUAUCCCAAAGAAUAGUCAUUGUGGACAUUUUUACAGUUGGGUUGAUGUGUCAAAGGUUAUUCAUUGCCAUAAAUAUAAACAACAAUUGUACACCCAGAACAUUCCCUGGCUGACUUUAUGUAUUGCUGGUGGUGUUAUGGUAUCCAAAGUUCAGCUGGCUGCCCAACCCAGAAGGUGAAAGAGCGAUAUGCUAUCUCAGAGGUGCACAAACAAAUUUUCUCAAGCAGUCUUCAAGAACAGACCAUGAAAAUGUUUCAGGGAUUUCAUGACCUGAUGUUCGAGUUGUGAUUCUAGCCAUAACAAGGUUCAAUGAGUCUCUCUGAGGAGGGAGAGCAGUGGGCCACUGCCUCUAAGAUGAGUCUCUCUGGAAAACAUGACUCCAACUCAAAAGCUGAAAGCCCAAUCCAGCAGAAGAGACCAGUCUCACCUGUAACUAGCUGUGUGUCCAUGAAGAGUGACCAAUCUAUGGGACAUCCAGAGCUUUUCAGGAAGAGAGAUGGUUCUACUAAACAAAGCCCAAUCCAGCAGAAGAGACCAGUCUCACCUGUAACUAGCUGUGUGUCCAUGAAGAGUGACCAAUCUAUGGGACAUCCAGAGCUUUUCAGAAAGAGAGAUGGUUCUACUAAACAAAGCCCAAUCCAGCAGAAGAGACCAGUCUCACCUGUAACUAGCUGUGUGUCCAUGAAGAGUGACCAAUCUAUGGGACAUCCAGAGCUUUUCAGGAAGAGAGAUGGUUCUACUAAACAAAGACACCAACAGAACAGACCAGAGUCAGAGAUUCCUAGUGGUCAGUCUGCCCAGAGUCAUCAACAAGACCUGCCCGCUAUACUAAAAUCACUUGAAGAAAAUUUCAUCACAUUUGUGAAGAAUGAGUUGAAGAAUAUCAACACGAUUCUAUGUUCUGAGAGUUCAGAUCACCCAGUAUUCUUCGGGAGUCAGACAGAGGAUAAAGAAGUGGAUAAACCGGAGAGGAUUGCCCGAGAGGGUGCUCUGGACAUCUCACUGUACAUCCUGAGGAACAUUAACCAGAUGGAGCUCGCUGACAAACUGGAGAAAAAUACACCUGCCAUGAAGAGCCAACGUAAGCUAAAAUCUCAUCUGAAAAAUAAGUUUGAAUGUGUAUUGGAGGGAAUAGCUAAACAAGGAAACUCCAGACUUCUCAGUAAGAUCUAUACAGAGCUCUAUAUCACAGAGGGUAGAAGUGGAGGAGUCAAUCAUGAAAAUGAGAUGACACAGAUUGAGGCAGCAUCCAGGAGACCAGCAACACAUGAGACACCAAUAAAAUGCAAUGACAUCUUUCAGCCCUUACCUGGACAAGAUAAAUCUAUCAGAACUGUGCUGACGACGGGAGUCGCUGGCAUUGGAAAAACAGUCUCUGUGCAGAAGUUCAUUCUGGACUGGGCUGAAGGGAAAGAAAACCAGAAGCUUCAAUUCAUAUUUCCACUUUCUUUUCGGGAGAUGAAUUUUAUGAAGGAGAGAAACCACAGCAUGAUGGAACUUCUUCAUCGCUUUGUCAUGGAAACCAAAGAAUCAGGAAUCUCUAACUAUGACAAGUACAACGUUCUGUUUGUCCUUGAUGGUCUGGAUGAGUGUCGACUUCCUCUAGACUUCAAGAACAACAAGAUCUGUUUUGAUGUCACAGAGUCUACCUCAGUGGACGUGCUGCUGACAAAUCUCAUCAAGGGGAAUCUGUUUCCCUCCGCUUUCCUCUGGAUAACCUCCCGACCUGCAGCAGCCAAUCAGAUCCCUCCGGGGUGUGUUGACCAGGUGACAGAGGUACGAGGGUUCAAUGAUCCACAGAAGGAGGAGUACUUCAGGAAGAGAAUCAGUGAUGAGAAUUUGGUCAGCAGAAUCAUCUCACAUAUCAAGAUAUCAAGGAGCAUCCACAUUAUGUGCCACAUACCUGUCUUCUGUUUGAUUUCUGCUACAGUUUUUGAGAACAUAAUGAAGACAGAAAAAAGAGUGAUGCCCAAGACUCUGACUGAGAUGUACAUGUAUUUCCUCAUAUUUCAGUCCAAACAGACACUGGUGAAGUUUGAAGGGAAAGAACAGAUCGAUCAACACUGGGAUAAAGAGAGCAUUAUGUCACUGGGGAAACUGGCUUUCCAACAGUUGGAGAUAGGCAAUCUGAUUUUCUAUGAGGAAGACCUGAAAAAAUGUGGUAUUGAUGUCAGAGAGGCAUCAGUGUAUUCAGGACUGUGCACACAGAUCUUCAGAGAGGAGACUGGGCUGUACCAGGAGAAGGUAUACUGCUUUGUUCAUCUGAGCAUCCAGGAGUUCAUGGCUGCUUUGUAUGUGUUCCUCUCAGUCGUCAACAACAACGUGAAUCUAAUGGCCAAUCCGCAAUCAACCUCUGCCAAGCUGCGGAACCUGUCUAUUGACAACCGUCUAAUCGACCUGGCAAGGAGUGCAGUGGACAAGGCUUUAGAGAGUGAGAGUGGACACCUGGACCUGUUCCUCCGCUUCCUUCUGGGCCUCUCAUUGAAGUCCAAUCAGACUCUCCUACGAGGCCUACUGACACAGACAAGUAGCAGCUCACAGACCAAUGAAAUGAUUGUCAAGUACAUCAAGGCAAAGAUCAGGGACAAGCCCACCUCGGAGAGAUGCAUCAAUCUGUUCCACUGUCUGAAUGAGUUGAAUGACCAUUCUUUAGUGGAGGAGAUCCAAAGCUACCUGAGAUCAGGAAGUCUCUCAGAAGCCAGCCUCUCAUCUGCUCAUUGGUCAGCUCUGGUCUUUGUGUUGCUGACUUCAGAAGAGAAGCUGGAAGUGUUUGACCUGAAGAAAUACUCCAGAUCAGAGGAAGGUCUUGUUAGGCUGCUGCCAGUGGUCAAAGCCUCCAGAACAGCACUGCUGAAUGGAUGUAACCUCACAGACAGCUGCUGUGCUUCUUUGGCCUCGACUCUCAGCUCAAACUCCUCCCAACUGAGAGAGCUGGACCUGAGUAACAAUGACCUGAAGGAUUCAGGAGUGAAGCUGCUCUCUGCUGGACUGGAGAGUCCACACUGUCAACUGGAGACACUGAGGCUGUCAGGCUGCCUGGUCACAGAGGUAGGCUGUGCUUCUCUGGCCUCAGCUCUGAAGUCAAACCCCUCACAUCUAAGAGAGCUGGACCUAAGCUACAAUCACCCAGAAGACUCAGCACUGAAGCUGUUCUCUGCAGGACUGGAGAAACUCAAUUUGGACAAUGGUGAAGAGCGCCGGUUACAACCAGGACUUAAAAAAUAUGCCUGUGAACUCACACUGGAUCCAAACACAGCAGGCAGACAGCUCAUUCUGUCUGAGGACAACAGAAAAGUGACAUCGGUGGAGAGUUUUAAGGACCGGCCACAGGUGCUGUGUAGAGAGGGUCUGAAUGGGCGUUGCUACUGGGAGGUAGAGUGGAGUGGGGAAAAAACUCGUUUGGCAGUGACCUAUAAAAGAAAAAUGAGUUUUGACUCCAAUCUACUUGGAAGCAAUGACAUAUCUUGGGGUCUGGGAUGCUAUAGUGAUGGUUACACUGCCUGGCACAAUGGUAAUCACACGACCAUACUGGCACCUUACUCCAAUAGAGUUGGAGUGUAUCUGGACUGGCAGGCUGGUUCUCUUACCUUCUAUAGCAUCUCCUCUGACACACUGACCCACCUGCACACAUUCCACACCUCAUUCAAUGAGCCCCUCUAUGCAGGGUUUUUGGUUGAGGAGACGGUUUCCCUGUGCAGGGUGAUUUUUAGCUCGAGCUGCUAGACCUGUUAGACCUGCUAGACCUUAUUGUUUCUUAGCAACUGGACCUUCCAGGUAAAUCUGGCUAUUCAAAUGCAUCUUUCUUCUUCUUUGGUACAAAAUACAGUUUCCCCAUCAAUAGAAGAAAAUGUUACGUAGCAUAUUAUGUAUUCAAGUAGGCCUACAGAUAUUAUACAAUAAAAAAUAAUUCAACAUGAAGAAGGAAGUGAUGCUGCCAUAGACCUGAUAUAUUGACCUUUACACGGAACCCAAACCGGCUGUGCGCCAUCGUGCAUAAAUGGAUUUUGACCCCCCCCCCCCCCCACACACACACACACACCAAAUGCGAUCAU